AUGUCCGUUGCAUUAGAACUACCAGAAGAAUACAGAACCGCUUCCAAUGAUUUGCGUUCCGACACUUUCACCACUCCAACAGAAGCCAUGAUCAAAGCUGCUUUGAAUGCCUCCAUGGGUGAUGCUGUCUACGGUGAAGAUGUCGACACUGCCACAUUGGAACAAACUGUUGCUAAGAUGGCUGGUAAGGAAGCUGGUCUAUUCUGUGUUUCCGGUACCUUGUCCAACCAAAUUGCAUUAAGAACUCACUUGUACCAACCACCGUUUUCCAUUCUAUGUGACUAUAGAGCUCAUGUUUACACUCAUGAAGCCGCUGGUCUUGCUAUUUUGUCUCAAGCUAUGGUUGUACCUGUAAUCCCAUCCAACGGUAACUAUAUGACCCUAGAGGAUAUCAAGAGCCACUACGUUCCAGACGACGGUGAUAUUCAUGGUGCUCCAACUAAAGUCCUUUCUCUAGAGAACACUCUACACGGUAUUGUUUACCCUCUAGAAGAACUGGUCAGAAUCAAGGCUUGGUGUAUGGAAAACGGUAUGAAAUUACACUGUGAUGGUGCAAGAAUAUGGAAUGCUGUCGCUGAAAGUAAUGUUCCAUUGAAGCAAUUCGGUGAAUUAUUUGACUCUAUUUCUAUCUGUCUAUCCAAGUCCAUGGGUGCUCCAAUCGGUUCCAUCUUGGUCGGUAAUACUAAGUUCAUCAAGAAGGCUAACCACUUAAGAAAACAACAAGGUGGUGGUAUCAGACAAUCGGGUAUGAUUGCCCGUAUGGCUCUAUGUAAUGUCAAUGACGACUGGAAGUCCAAGCUUCUAUACUCCCACAGUUUGGCUCACAAACUAGCUGACUUCUGUAAAGAACAUGGUAUUCCUCUAGAGUCUCCAGCUGACACCAACUUUGUCUUCAUCGAUCUUAGAGCUUCCAAGAUAAACCCAGAUGUCCUAGUCAAGAAGGGUCUAAAGUACAAUGUCAGAUUAAUGGGUGGUAGAGUCUCUUUCCAUUACCAAGUCACUGAAGACACCUUAGAGAGAGUCAAGAGGGCCAUUUUUGAAUCAUUUGAAUACGCUAAGGAACACCCAUUUGACCAAAAUGGUCCAACUCAAAUAUACCGUAGUGAAUCCACUGAGGUCGAUAUCGAAGGUAAUGCUAUCCACGACAUUAAGGGCUACAAGUACUAG